UUUGGCUAUGAUUGUGUCAGAGGUUAAUGCACGCAUGCAUAUUUCGAUUAUAUAUCUGCUUAUCCUGGUGGUUGGCGUCGUCUUGUGGUAGAUCUCUCUGAUUUUGCUGCUGUGGAGAGUAGUGCAGCUUGAUGAGAGGAGCUGGCCAGUACAUCAAUGCGCGCGUAUCUUGGAGCGGCUAUUCGACUCCAUGGAUGCCGUGAAGGCCGAGGCGAAGAAGGCGGCUGGUACCGUCGACAGCGCCCUGCGACGGCCGCUGGUGCCGUCCGAGAAGAACAUUGCCGCUCCGGCACCUCGGAGGAGGGAGGUGGCCUCCAGGUUCAAGGCUGGCGUGCCGCCGGCACCGGCGCCGGCUGCUUCUUCGGCGAGGCGAUGCACGUCUCCAAGUCUUAGCCGGCCUUCAGCAGCUGAAUGCACAGCAUCGACAAACAGAGCGCAGUCAGCUGAGAGGAGGAGGUCUUCGACGCCUUCUUCCAGUUCGACGCCCUCCGGCGGCUGUGCUGCGUCGAGGUCUAGGACGCCGGUGCGUGAUACCACAGCCACCGAGGUACGUGGCAUCUCUCGUCGUGCAACCAGUACAAAGCCCCCUGAUGGGUUGUGGGCAUCAGCUCGGAGGUCGUCUCCAUGGCUUCAGCCAGAGUCUGUGGCAAUGGCAACACCGGCCACGAAGAGAGACAGGCUUCCCCAUGUCUCAUCGUCUGACCAGAGUCACCAGACCAAAGUGCAGCCAAGAACCGUAGCUGAGGCUGAGAGGAAAAGGAGUCCUCUCAGAGGGAGGAAUAUUGGCAACCAAUGUGAGAAUGCUCGGCCAUCAGAAACUCCGAACAAGAGGGUCGUUGAGCAACACCGAUGGCCGGCGGCAAUGAUGAGUGGCCGUGGCUCUGCAGGCUUAACUUCGAGAAACAAUGGAGUUGCUGACACGCCUAUCAGGUCUGUCACUCCAUCAAACACUACAAGAGGGCAUUCACCAAGGAGGAUUUACCCUGCUGAUGUCAAAGCCAAUGGUCUGAAUCAACCAUUGAACGGAUUGGCAAAGAGAUUGGCUAUGCAUGAGAGCAGAAGAGACGAUAAGACAGAGUCUAGUACUGAUGAUGUUUCUUCACAGACGUCAGAAUGCUCUAAAUCUGCUGCUCGCCCAAGCAGGACUCUGUCUUCACCUGUCCCGGUUCUACAUCGCUCGUCAUCACCAAACAAGGUCUUGUCAGCUGCAUCCUCUACUUCUACGAACUUUCAAAGUCCAUCGAGGACAAGGCCUUCGGCACCUUGCCGAUCACGAUGCUGUUCAACAGCAUCAGGCGUUACACAACCUGUUUUUAACUAUAUAGUUGAUGCGAGGAAAGUGAAGAAGAGCGCAAGCCAGAUUGAGAAUAUCCACCAAUUACGUCUGCUGUAUAAUAGCCACCUGCAGUGGCAGUUUGUAAAUGCUCGUUCAGAAGAUACACUAUCCUUCCAAAAGAGCAGUGUUGAGAGUGUUCUUUAUAGUGUGUGGAAAAGUAUCUUGAAGCUGCGGGAUUCGGUUACAGUGAGAAGAACUGAUGUGCAACUCCUGCAGCAAGAACUCAAGCUAUACUAUAUUUUAAAAGAGCAGAUUGCUUACCUUCAGCAUUGGCCGGCACUAGAAGGAGAGAACGGUAGUACUUUAAUUGGGGCUAUUGAGGCUUUACAAGCAUGCACACUUCGCCUUCCAGUUACAUCAGGAGCACAGGCAGAUGCUGUUGCAGUUAAGAAUUCUAUAAGCUCCGCUGUUGAUGUUAUGCAAGCUUUGAGUUCCUCAAUUCUGUACCUCCUUUCAAAGGUUGAAGGUAGGACGUCUUUGGUUUCUGAACUUUCAGACAUGGCAAGACAAGAAAAGGGUGCCCUUGGUGAGUGUAGAGAGCUCUUAGCUACGGCUGCAAAAUUACAGGUACAGGAGUCCAGCCUCCGUACGCAUCUGAUGCAACUGAGGGAAGGAGUUUUAGGAUGACUUCGAUAAUCCAAAUUGAAGAAACCAGUUAUGCUCUCAACAGGUACAGGCAGUGUAAAAAUGGAGCGUACAUACAAUCCUGAAGUAACACCCCCUUGGGAGAAUGCAUGGCCUGAUGCUCUGCAGGCUGCAGCUUACAGUGCUUAGAAAAUUGAAAGAUGAAACAGUUGUCUUUGAACAGACUUUUAACUUGGGUGGUCGGGGUGUAUACUCACACCUCUCACCGAGUGAGUUAGGUCACUUCCUUACGUCUCAUUGUGUUUAUGGAAGAUAGAAGAUGAUUUGAUUCGAGUGUAAAUGUUUCUUCGAUGUACAGUUCAUUCAGUUUCAUCCA